UAUGUGACGUUUGUCACAUCACCAUUUUUAACUCAUUUUCAAUACACAAAAAUCAAAAAGUUAAAUAAUUAAUAUUUACAUUGUUAAUAACCAUUAACCGCACUCUAAUUGUUGUUUUUUCCAAAUUGGUAACUUAUUGUAGUAUAAAAGGAUAAGUGUCACAAACGUAAAUGUGCAAAUAAUCGUCAACUUCUAAACAUAUUUGGCAACAAACAAAAAUGGAUAUUGCCAAAUCCCUCUUCAAUCAUCGAGACCAUGAAGGAUACGUUGGUAAAGAAGACCAUAAUAAGCGAGAAUUAGAAUUGGCAAUGUCCGAGGACGAUUUGGAGGAUGACAUUUUCGUGGAGAAGUUUUCCGAAGCUAUCAGUAUGAGCGACAUGUUAACCCCCAGUCCGGGUGGUCCAUUCUCAGCACUUACACCUAGUAUGUGGCCCCAAGACAUAAUGGCAAAGCUAACUGUUCCCGACGAUCCGAAUUCGCAACCGGAAUACAGGUUCGACGAGUUCGGAUUUCGAGUCGACGAAGAGGACGGUCCCGAGCAAAGCUCGAACAAAUUGCUCGGUAUUCCGUUUGUCGAAAACGCUCAGCACAGGUUGCAGUGGGUUGCUCACUUGGAGUUUUCGCACAAUAAAGAGGUGUCUGAUUUGACGUGGGACAAGGUGGAGAUGCAGUUGCCAAGAACGGACAAGUUGCGUACGAUGGUCAGGGCAGGGAUACCUCACUCUUUACGUCCGCAGAUGUGGAUGCGGCUCUCCGGUGCAUUAAAUAAGAAGCAGCAAUCGGAAAUGAGUUACAAGGAAAUUGUACGAUUAUCUAGCAGCGAUUCUUUGAUGACAUCGAAGCAGAUCGAGAAAGAUCUACUCCAUACGAUGCCUACAAAUGCCUGCUUUAGUCACAUAACAAGUACAGGAAUCCCACGGUUAAGACGGAUUUUGCGGGGAUUGGCAUGGUUGUAUCCGGAUAUUGGGUAUUGCCAAGGGAUGGGGAUGAUUGUCGCCUCCCUUUUAUUGCUAUUGGAGGAAGAAGAUGCGUUUUGGAUCAUGGUUACAGUUGUUGAGGACUUACUGCCUGCAUCCUAUUAUAGUUCGACGUUAAUAGGCAUUCAGGCGGAUCAGCGGGUUUUACACACACUAAUUUCGAACUACCUGCCAGAAGUGGACGAGGUGUUAAAGAAUCACGACAUCGAAUUAUCAUUGAUCACCUCACACUGGUUCCUGACGUUAUUUGCGAGCGUGGUACACAUGAAAAUUCUUCUGCACAUCUGGGAUCUAUUUUUUUUCAGCGGUUCGUUAGUAUUAUUUCAAGUUACUUUGGGCAUGCUGAAGAUGAAGGAACCGUAUUUGAGGACGUUAGAAAAUUCCGCGCAAAUCUUCAACGCACUCUCCGACAUACCCGGCGAUAUAGACGACGUCGAUAAACUGCUCGAGGUGUCUUUGCAAGUGGCGAGUUCGCUCAACGAAGUGAUGAUUGAGACUUAUCGUCGUCGACAUUUAGCCUACCUCAUGGCCGAUCAAGGUGCUUUAGUUGGUAAUCCUGAAGCCGUGCCUAAUUUACCGAAGCAGCAUUUGGCGAGGCGACAAAUAAAGAAAUCGAAGUCGGUUAUCCAGCUUUUAUUAUUUAACGAAAACAACGAAAACGACAUCAAAUCGAAGAAUAUAAAACAAACGGAGCUGCUGGUCGACUUACGAGAAGGUAUCCUUCAAAUCGCCCGACAUUUCAUGCAACUGGAACCGAAAUUGAAUGCGGAAGUGCUACUCGUCGCCGAUUAUACGAUGGAAAGUCACACGACAGAUCACGCCAAUUACAUCAACGUCUCCAAAAAUCGAAAGCGGCGCGCGAAAGCUCUAUUAGAUUUUGAAAGACACGAUGACGAUGAGUUGGGAUUUCGAAAGAACGAUAUCAUCACGAUCAUCAGUCAGAAGGAUGAACACUGUUGGAUUGGUGAACUAAAUGGUCUUCGAGGUUGGUUUCCGGCAAAGUUCGUCGAGCUUCUUGACGAGAGGAGCAAGCAGUACAGUAGCGCGGGGGACGACAGCAUUUCGGAAACGGUUACUGAUCUAGUUAGGGGGACGUUAUGUCCUGUUGUUAAACAAAUUCUAGAGCACGGAAUGAAGCGACCUAAUUUUUUAGGAGGUCCGUGUCAUCCUUGGCUGUUUAUUGAGGAAGCGGCAACUAAGGAAGUUGAAAAAGAUUUUAAUUCCGUUUAUAGUCGCCUAGUUCUUUGCAAGACAUAUCGAUUAGAUGAGGAUGGUAAGGUGCUUACGCCAGAGGAGUUGCUGUAUCGAUGUGUACAAGCCAUAAACUUAUCGCACGAUAAUGCGCAUGCGCAGAUGGACGUGAAAUUACGGUCUUUAGUUUGUAUGGGUCUUAACGAGCAAGUUCUUCAUUUAUGGUUAGAGGUGCUGUGUUCGUGUAGCGAAGUAGUUCAAAAAUGGUAUCAUCCUUGGUCUUUUGUGUUUAGUCCUGGUUGGGUGCAGAUUAAAUGUGAACUUCGAAUCUUGUCGCAGUUAUCCUUCAACUUGAAUCCUGAUUGGGAAUUACCAGUGAAAAAAGAUGUAAAUAAUCAACCUCUCAAAGAUGGUGUACGUGAUAUGUUAGUUAAGCAUCAUCUUUUUAGUUGGGAUAUAUAGAAGUAUUAGUUAAUUUUAUAUUAAGGUGUUUCAGCUUUAAAAAUUAAUUAUUUUUCUAAUUUAUUUUAAUUUUUAAAUAAAAUAUCAAUCUGUCCAUA